AUGAAUGAUCGCCCCACUGCCGAUGGAGACCUUGCAGGGGUCUCAGGGAUAUUGAAAUCUAUCAAUAUUGAUGGAUUAAACUUGUUGGCAGCAGUAAAGAGACGGGGGCCUCUCGAGGACGGCGAGUUGGUUCCGAGGAAGAACAGCCGGCCAGCGGUGAGCCAGUCACUGACGGGCAAAACUGCAAUCGGGGGCGCCGGGGAGACUGCCGCCACUCAGGCUUCACAAAAUGUCAAAUUACAGCUGAGGAAAGUCUCAGAUGGCUGGGAUUCAACAAUGCGAAGAUGCGACAAUGUACCUGACAAUGCGCCUGUAUCUGCGCCUCGGAGUUUGCAGUGUGCACGUUGUACCCCGCGGGGAAAACCGCAUUGCCGGCUGAAGGCUUGUCCGCCUGAGGCCAAACCCGGGCAGAAUCCACCCCCCGCAAAAUCCACUUGGAUCUUCGACUCCAACUUCUUGAACUUGGCUCAACCUCCUCUCAUCGGUGAUCUGGCCUCUGUUUUCGUCCUGAUACCCAGUUACUCUCGCAUUGUUGGGUAA